CGGUGGUGGCGGCGACUUCCCUUCAGGAAGUCCGGUCUCCGCCUCCUGCUCCCACCCCGCUUGCUCGGCGGCGGAGGCAGCGGUGGCGGCAGCGGUUGUCCCUGCCUCUCCGCCUCCUCCUCCUCGGCCUACCCACUGGCCGGCGGCGUUGGCGGGGAGGGGGACAGUAGUUGUAGACGGCCGCCCCUGCCUCAGAGAAGAUACCACGUUGAAUGAGCAAAGACUGAACUUUUUACAGAUACCUUUUGUAAAAGGCUUAUAAGGAAUAGUGCCAUAAUUUGAAUUGCAGUGGGUUUCACGUUAUGAGGUGAAUGGGAGUGGAGUAUUGGACAAAAAAUAGAUUUUUUAAUCUCUGCAUCAUGGUUUUUAGCUCCUCAGUUGUUGCACAGUCUCACUAUUUGGGGAAAGUUCAUGCUAAAAAACUGAAGCAAUUAAUGGAUGAAUAUGAUCAAAUUUCUCCACCAAGUUCUCAACCUGAUAAGGAGAAUCCCUUGUCAACCUAAUGAAGCAUUCAAAGAAGACAUCUGACUCUUUUCAAGAUGAACUUGAAGAUUAUAUCAAAGUGCAGAAAGCCAGAGGCUUAGAGCCAAAGACUUGUUUCACAAAGAAGAGAGAGGAUUAUUUGGAAACCUGUGGAUACAAAGAAGAGAUUGAUUCUAGACCCAGGUGUAGAAUGUUUGAUCAAAGACUCCCUUAUGAACCCGUCCAGACCUACCGAAGACCAUGCAGUAUUUCACAAGCAAUGGAGAAGCGGUUACCUCAGUGGCUACCAGCUCAUGACAGCAGGCUGAGACUAGACUCCCUGAGCUACUGUCAAUUCACCAGGGACUGUUUCUCAGGAAAACCAGUAGCCCUGAACUUUAGUCAACAAGAGUAUAACUGUAGCUCAUACAGUGUAGAAUCUGGAGUUUACAGGCACCUCUCCUUAGAAAACAGUACCAGUGCCCAUCAAGCUAGUUAUAAACAGAUACAUCAGAAGAGAAAAAGACACCCAGAGGAAGGCCGGGAAAAACCAGAAGAGGAGCGGCCCAAGCAUAAGAGGAAGAAAGCUUAUGAGGAGAUAGAUUUAGACAAACACAAGAGUAUCCGAAGAAACAAAACAGAGGUGGAAACAGUCAGAGUCAGUACAGAAAAGCUUAAGAACCGAAAGGACAAAAAAAGCCGAGAUGUAGCCUCUAAGAAAGAGGAACGUAAGCGUAGAAAAGAGAAAAAGGAACAAGGGAAAGAAAGGACAGAAGAGGAGAUGCUUUGGGACCAGUCUAUCCUUGGAUUUUGAAGCUCUUGCAUUGGUUCUCCUGAGGUUAAACUGAAAAAAUAGUUGAGGAGCUUGGUUUUACGAUGUCCAAGUUCAUAUCGCUCUUUUCAUGUGAACAGGUACAAAAGCUAAGUGCACAGAAAACAUUUAGUGUACUUGCUCUCCAACAUGGGAAUUACUUUUCCUCUCUUCUAAAAUCAUUACUACAUUUUUCUUAUACGUAAUGUAAUUUCCCUUAAUGAGGGUGGCUUUGCUUUUAUUCAUCAAAUUGCUAUGAUGGUGGAAGUAUUUUUCCCUUGGGAGGUCAUUUAUUUUAAAUUGGAGGAUUAAUAGGCUAUACAGAGUCUAUUUCUUGAUUGGGUUUUAGUUUGGGGUGGGUGUUUUUAUAUUAGUUUUCUCUGUGAAGCAGUUUGGAUUGAUUUUUUUUUUUACCUUCGUUAGAUCUAACUUGCAGUAUAUUUUCUAGAUUGGGAAGUGGAAAAUGACAUACAUUAUAAUAAGCUUAAGUUACAUACAGUUGUAAACGUUUCAAGAAGUCUUGAUA